AUGCCUUGCCCUUGGGAUGUAUCCAUUUGCAUUAAUGAUCUAUCCAUCGGAUUCUUCUGGUCAAUCUAUCCAGGAUAUGGUGAUGACAAGAAUCGAGGAGAUAUAGGUUACGCGAUUGCAUUUGAUAAUUGGGGCAGGGGAUUGCUACGAAGGUACUCAACAAUCCCUCGAGUGUUCAAUGACUUUCGUGGAAUAGCAAAGCUUCAAGCUUAUGCUGUUUUGGAGAACAAGGCUUCUCAUAGGGUUUUGGAGAAGGCUGUGUUUCUCUACCAGGGUUCAGUAACAAAGCAUGUCAACAUCAAGAAAAUUGGAAAUAUGCUUGAUUUGUUAAUUUACAGUGGUGAUGAUCACCCUAGGUAUGCGCAAGCGAACUUUGACAGGCACUCCAAAACCAGCCGCAAGUUUCAAAGUGCAGCUUUGGAUCUGUCUUUAAAUUUGGCAAUUUCGAUCUGA